AUGCAUACUGAAACAAAUGGUAACAUAGAUCAUACAUGGAAUGAAGUAAUGAAAGACACACCCAAAGGAGAUAUGAUUACUAAUGAUACAAAUGAAAGUCUCUUAGCAAUCCAAAAAAUAGCACACAAGGAGGUAGGAGAAAACUCUGAAAUGGAUAUAUCUGGAUCAGAUAAAUUAACAUCAAAUAUUGUCCACAGCUCCAUUAACAAUAUUCAAGUCGAUGAUAAUGAGAUCCAAGUUCAGAAUAGCCAAAAGUUUCCACCAGAGAGUUUUAUACCUGAAAAUCAGUCAUCUCCGCACGUACGAACUCCAAGAUUAAAUAAACUACGGAACUUCUUCAAAGAUAAUAGAAGCCCUACUAAAAGGAAUAGUCCCACUAAAGCAAAGGAAAAGAAAAAGAAAAUUUCAAUUCAAAUAAAUAAUACUCCUUCAACCAGUGAACUUAUAUCUAAUGUGAGUAGUGAAAACAAUUUAGAUACCCAAAAUGUCCCAACAGAACUAGGCAAACAAGUUUCUCAGUUCCAUAGUGACGACAAAACUGAUAUAGGAAACAUUUUGGACGAUUUUGAUAACUCACCUCCAGAUACACCAGAAUCACAGAGAGUGCUUCCUGAGUCGAAUUUGAAAGAAAUUAAAGACCUUAUUGCGUCAAACGUUAAUGGACUAGAAACCAAAUCUUUAGCAUCUAUAGAGACUCAACAAUUAAGCGAUAAUAUCAAUGAAAAUUUGGACAUUACUACCCAACCUAUUGAAUCUAUAGGGACAUUAGAUACUUCGAAUAAAGUGUUACGAAGAAAUAGUGGAGGGGAGACUUUUACAAGGGUUAGUAUGCAUCGAAAUCAGCAGAUGAAUUUCAAAAUAACUCAAGACAAUCAAGAAGUUACGCAGGAUACGAGAUCACUAGAGAGUAUUGCAAACAAUAACCUUAGUAUGCUACUUGAGGAUGUAACAAAUGAUGACGCGAAUAUUUCAAACCAUUGGCAAUUCAAAAAGGACUCGAAUGGCGAAGAAUUAGAAACUUAUGACCAAACAACACAAUUAAUAAAUGCACAAACUCAGAAAGUCACCAAUAACAACAAUACGACAAUAUCAGAUAGUUAUUCUAACCCAAAACACGAACCAUUAAUGUCUACACAAGCUGAUGUUAUGAGCGCAUCAAAAGAUAUGGCUUUAAUAAAUACUACCUUAGCCUCUAAAUUCCAAGAUACAUCCAAUAUAUCCACAUCCUCUGUAGAAAUCAAUAAUAGGACGACAGACUUUCACAGUGAUUUAUCAAAAACAGAAUUACACUCGAAUGCUGUAAUAUCUAACGGUAUGAUUGACUCUCCAUCAAACCCUGGCAAUAAUUCAGAUGUUAUUAACAGAUCAAAUCUUGAACAGAUUCCUGAACUUUCAGAAAACAGUUCACCCACCAAGAUAAACCAAGAAAUAAACGGUGUUGAACCUUUAGAAAAGUCGUUAUCUUUCAUAGGUUCACCUAAAUUGGAAUCUGACUCUAGGGAAAAAAGAUAUUUGAAGGUUUCUUGUGAAAGGGAUUCGUCACCACUAAUCGAGAGACCGGCUGUAGCUCAGAGUCUUGAUUCUGAUAGGAGCAACGUUAUUAUGAGUGACGUUGAAAUAACUCAAGAAUUACCAGAGGUUCCAGAAAUAUCAGACCACGAUUUGGAUGAUUCCCAAAGUAUUGUAAUUGGAAGGAAGAAAACCAAAAUAUUUAUUCCAUCUUUACAAUUGAGCGAAGAAAAUGAACAUUCUCAAGAACAAUUAGCCAAACGAGAGAAUUCUAAGAGAGAAUAUCCUAAUGUGAAGAGAGACUCUGAUGAUAGACUACUUACAAAAGAGGACAUUGUCUUUGAAAAUGCUGUCUGGUGUCAAUAUGUAAAUUUCCAUUAUUACCCUGGGGUAAUCCAGAACAAAGAUUCUGCCACAAAUAAAUAUGAUAUUAUAUUUGACAGCGAUCGUUAUAGCGCAGAUCAAGAACAAAUUUAUUAUCUCGAUGUUAUAGUCGGAGAUGUUGUAAGAUAUAAAACCCACAGAUACACAAUUGAAGCACUAGAGUGCCAGAAACCUGACCCUUCAAUCAUUAGAUGUAUUCGUGGUUAUGAUACGGUGUACCUUAAGAAAAAGGAUGGUCCAUCACAUUCCAGUGAGCCUAUAAUUAUCCCUAUGUCAUGGAUCCAACUCGAUUUGGAUGACUGGACUACAAGGAAAAGAAUGCUACUAGUACCUGUUCCGAAAGGAGGCCAACCUACCAUUGUACCUAAAACUGCAAAAAAUAAGAAACGUACUACCAGGGUCGGAAAUAAAGGAUCACCUAGAAAGAGAAAAAGGGUAAAUUAUAAAGAGGAGUCCGAUGACGAAAUUAAAAUGACUGACCAAAACUCUGAAAAUGUCAACUUCAAUGAGAGUUUUGACUAUAUAACAGACGAAGAAGGGAUAGAAACGGUAAUUGGUGAUGAAGUACAUUCAUUAGUAAAAAUGACCGAUAGUACAACAUCUGAAAUAAUGACAAAAUCUUCAAUUUUCGACAGUAUAAUACACACGAAAGCCAUCGAUCCUGCCCAAAAAAUAAAAGGUAACACAAAUAUUAUCAUGAAGAAUAGCACUAACGACGUUUCCAAAAUAUUUGAAGGGUCACUCUUUGUUUUUACUGGCUUCAGAGAGGUAGGCUAUGAAUUAAAAGACACGAUUAUUAGAUAUGGGGGUGAUGUAAUUGAUACAGGGUUUUCUGAUCUUUUUUUGUUCUCAACCAAAAAGAAACGAAGUAACAUUCAAGAAUUCAGCUUAGAAAUGAAGUGGAAAAAUAAUAAUACAGACCUUCCAAAUUAUCGAUUUGCAUGUGUUAUAGCUGAUAGGUACCUUAGAAGUUCAAAAUAUCUGGAAACGUUAGCUCUCAGAUGGCCAACUUUGCAACGUAAAUUUAUCGAUGAAUGUAUUUUUGCAAACAAGAUUGAUGACAAUAUAGUACAUCGCUAUCUACUACCUUCUGGGGAGAGUUCAAGACUAGAUGAUAUACCUCUCUCUUCAUUCAUAAAAUCAAGUAACAUUUUCCAAUUUCUAACAAAAUAUCUGAAAGGUGAAACAUUAGAUCAACAAUGCGAGCUUUCAGGUAAACUAAUGAGUGAGUUUGUGGUCAUUAUCUGUAAGGAUUCUAAUUUGACAGAUUUUGCAAAAUUUGUAUUUGCAUGUUUUGGGGUGAAAAAAUUAUUCCAAAUUCCGAAUACAGGUUGUUUAAAGUCUACUAAUGAAAGUUUUAAUGAAAUACACUCAAUUGUGAAAGGUAUUGAGAAGGAAAGCCUAAAGAUACUCUUUUACCUUAACAACAGCCAAGACGAAAUUCGAACGUCAAAAUCUAUAAAUGACAUUCAACACGAUAUAGAUACCGGAUUUUCUGAUAUUAGAGAAUGUUACGUCAAAGAUCGGGAAUGGCUCAUUCAAACAAUUAUAAAUGAAGAUACAGGACUAUCUUAA